AAUGUGGUCCGCUUUGAGAAAUGACUACUGUGCCGCAUAAAGAACAAAUGAUAUGGGAAGAGAGUGAUGUCCCUGAAGAUCUGCCCUUAGAGGAGAGAGACGAGCUGUCCAACAUACGGCGCAGGAAAAAAGAACUGCUUGAUGAUAUUGAGCGGCUGAAGUUUGAGAUCGCUGAAGUGAUGACAGAAAUCGAGCAGCUCACGUGUGUGGGUGAGAGCAAAACAACACAGAGAAACAAACAAAUUGCAAUGGGAAGAAAGAAAUUCAACAUGGACCCCAAAAAAUAUUUGCAGUUUCUCUGGAGUUUCAGACUUCCUGGUGAGGCCCAGAAGAUCGACAGAAUGAUGGAAGCGUUUGCAUCCCGGUACUGCCAGUGCAACCCCGGAGUCUUUCAGUCCACAGACACAUGUUAUGUCCUGUCCUUUGCCAUUAUUAUGUUAAACACCAGUCUUCACAAUCCCAACGUCCGGGACAAACCCGCCGUAGAGCGUUUCAUCUCCAUGAACAGAGGCAUUAAUGACGGAGGAGACCUGCCAGAGGAGUUGCUCCGGAACCUGUACGAGAGCAUCAAGAGCGAGCCCUUUAAAAUCCCUGAAGAUGAUGGCAACGACCUCACACACACGUUCUUCAACCCGGACCGAGAGGGCUGGCUGCUCAAGUUAGGAGGACGUGUAAAAACUUGGAAGAGAAGAUGGUUUAUUCUGACCGACAACUGCCUGUACUAUUUUGAGUACACAACAGACAAGGAACCACGUGGAAUUAUUCCUCUGGAGAACCUCAGCAUCAGAGAGGUGGAGGAGCCCCGGAAACCUAACUGCUUCGAGUUGUACAAUCCCAACCAUAAAGGGCAGGUGAUCAAGGCGUGUAAGACAGAGGCAGAUGGGAGGGUGGUGGAGGGAAACCACGUCGUCUACAGGAUAUCAGCACCCACACCAGAGGAGAAGGAGGAAUGGAUCAAAUCCAUUAAAGCGAGCAUCAGCCGGGACCCCUUCUAUGACAUGCUGGCCACCAGGAAGAAACGAAUCGCCAACAAGAAGUGAAAUCUGCAUCCAAACCGCUUCCCCAAAGCCUGCAACACACACUGCCUUCUGGGACAGCCGAUGUGCGAGUGUGUGUUUGACGGGCCCAGCAGCGGAAGAAUUCAUGUUUAAAGUUCCUUUCUUGUGUUUCUAUUCGUACAAAAACACAGCUGUCCUGCUCUGUUUGUAUUUGCAUGGAUGUUGGUGUGAAAACCUGGGCGGCUCACUCGAGAGUCCUGGGGCCUCAUUUAUAAAACGUGCGUACGCACAGAUUUGAUCGU